UCAGGCACUGCGUGGGAGGGGGCUCCAGAGGCCCUGGGCAGAGGGCCCUGGGCUGUCCCUAGGCAAGACCCUGGGUCCCCUGACUCCCCGGGAUGAGGACCCCAUCUUGGCAGCUGGCUUGCCCAGUGUGAGACCAGGAAGCAGCAGGGCCUCCCCGGGGGCCCUGUGCUGGCUUAGCAGGACCUCUGCAGCCAGAGCAGCUCCGGAGCCACGGCCACCACCCUAGCCGGGCCGCCACCUGCACGGGCAGGCGCCGCCGCCAGACCCUACCUGCAGCACCCACCCCUCUGCAGCCGCCAUGUCCCCGACGGAAGCCCCAAAGGUCCGCGUGACCCUCUUCUGCAUCCUGGUGGGCAUCGUGCUGGCCAUGACGGCCGUGGUGAGCGACCACUGGGCCGUGCUGAGCCCCCACAUGGAGAACCACAACACCACCUGCGAGGCCGCCCACUUCGGCCUGUGGCGGAUUUGCACCAAGCGCAUCGCCCUGGGCGAGGACAGGAGCUGCGGACCCAUCACCCUGCCUGGGGAGAAGAACUGCUCCUACUUCCGGCAUUUUAACCCAGGCGAGAGCUCGGAGAUCUUCGAAUUCACCACGCAGAAGGAGUACAGCAUCUCGGCGGCCGCCAUCAGCGUCUUCAGCCUGGGCUUCCUCAUCAUGGGCACCAUCUGCGCGCUCAUGGCCUUCAGGAAGAAGCGGGAUUACCUGCUGCGGCCGGCGUCCAUGUUCUACGUCUUUGCAGGCCUCUGCCUCUUCGUGUCACUGGAGGUAAUGCGGCAGUCGGUGAAACGCAUGAUCGACAGCGAGGACACCGUCUGGAUCGAGUACUAUUACUCCUGGUCCUUUGCCUGCGCCUGCGCCGCCUUCGUCCUCCUCUUCCUCGGGGGUAUCUCCCUGCUGCUCUUCUCCCUGCCUCGAAUGCCCCAGAACCCCUGGGAGUCCUGCAUGGACGCCGAACCCGAGCAUUAGCCCUCCUGGGGCGCCCAGGGAGCCUCGGCCCAGAACCUUCCAGAAGGGAGGCAGGAAUUGCAAACCUGCCCUGUUCCCAUCUGCCUCACCCCGCGACUGCUUCCCUUCCGUGGCUCUGACGGAGCUCCUCUGCUCACAGGGCAAAUGGACGCGAGCCCAGCCCUGUCCUGGUUGGACGAGGUGGGCAGGUGGUUGGAGGGGCCCGGCCUUCCACUGAGGCUCAAAGCCGUCCCUGCUGUGCCGGUUCUCCUUGGGAAGCUGGGCCCUGGUAAACCUGGUAAACCUCCCAGGAGCACCCCGUGCGCGCAUGCCGGUGCUGGGUGCCCCCUGUGUGAAAAGCCGGCCCCUCUGUCUUCCCAGCCACCAGAACCUUCGUUGCCUCCCGGAGCUCUGGGAAUCAGCAUUUUCCACCAGGGAGUAUCUGACUGUGGUUUGAAAUAAAAGCGCUCAGAACACUC